AUGUCAAACGAUUUAGAAGCUGAUUCAUCGUACGUCACUUUAGUAUCAGCCGAUAACUUUAAGUUUGUUGUGCUUAAGGAAGUUGCGCUGAUUUCGUCUGUAUUGAGAAGCACACAAGGGUUUGAAGAAGGUAAAACAGGAAAGAUUAAUCUAGACAUGGAUGGAGAUAUAUUAGAAUGCGUGGUAGAGUAUCUAUAUUACCAUUAUAAGUACAGAGACCAAGCUGAAUCGGGGAAUAUUCCAGAAUUCAACAUUCCUACCCACCUUGCAUUAGAAUUAUUAGUAAAAGCUGAUUUUUUGGACAUUUAA